GGGCCUGCAGAAACUAGCCACCAGACACUUAGCCUUUGGGAUAAAGGAGAUGUACAGGGGAUUUUACAUCUCUGCUCAGGUUAGAUUACUACAGAAGUAUGUCCCUUCUCUGAAACGAGAAGAUAUUACAAGAGGUCCAUCAGGAGUGAGAGCCCAGGCUCUAGACAGGGAAGGCCAAUUGGUGGACGAUUUUGUCUUUGAUGUGGGUCAAGGAGAAGUAGGGAGUCGUGUGCUCCAUGUACGCAAUGCACCAUCUCCAGCGGCAACUUCCUCUCUUUCUAUUGCGAAAAUGGUCGCUGAUAAAGUGGAAGGAACUUUUGAACUGUAAUACCAAAGACAUUUUAAUUUAUAUGCAAUAUAUGGAAGGUUGAUUGAUAGAAAUAAAAUAAAUAACAACUUUAA